AUGAGAGAAGAUAAUGAGAAGAUUUUUAAAGUUACUUCAGAAAAUGCUCCAGAAAAUGAAAAGUUGACUUCUCUCACGGUUCAAAAAGAUAUUGUCUAUUGCUUUUCAAAAGAGAUAAUCAAGUCCAUUUGUGAUGAAAUUAGUAAAGACGUGUUUGCUAUUUUAGUUGAUGAUUCUAGUGAUACUGGGAUUGUAAAGGAAAGAUUUAUUGGAGUUGUUCACGUGUUGGAUACAUCUUCUUUGACUCUUAAACCCAUCAUUGAUACCGUAUUUUCCAACAAUAACUUGAGUAUGGCUCAGGUGAGGGGAAAAGGUUAUGAUGGAGCAAGUAAUAUGAGUGGUGCAUUCAACGUGGUUGUGGCGGUUUCAAAGAAACAUGAUGAUGUUGAAGAAUUCUUUGAACAACUAGAUUCGGUGGUUACUGUCGUUUGUGGGUCUUGUAAGAGAAAAGAUAUGAUACGAGAGAUGCAAAAAGAAACGGUGGUAGCUGAAAUUGGUAUUGGUGAAACUGAACCAGGAAGAGGCUUGAAUCAAGAGAUUUCUUUUGUUCAAGCUGGAGAUACUAGAUGGGAUAUGCAAAUUCAAGAUUUUGGGGACAAAUUUAGUGAAGUUGGCAUGAAGUUGAUGGAGAACAUGGCAGCUUUGAGUCCUUGUGACUUAUUUUCUAGUUUUGAUAAAGCAAAGUUGUUAAAGCUAAGCGAGAUAUAA